CCGCAGUUUGACUUGGGGCCCCCUAGACGGGGAGAGGCGGGCCACCGGCAGGGGACCGGAGCGCAGCCAGCGGGCGACGAGCGCACCGACUGUGAGCCCCAGGGGCCGUUCCCCGAGCGCGCGCAGCUCUCUAGGCGCCCCGGCGCCAUGAGGCCCCCAACCACCGCCCGCUGCCCCGGGCGCUCCCUGCGGAACCCCUGGAGGAGCUUCUGGCCGCUCACCCUGGCUCUCUUCGUGGGCAUGGGUCAGGCUCAGAGGGACCCGGUGGGAAGAUACGAGCCGGCUGGAAGAGACGCGAGUCGGCUGCGGCGCCCCGGGGGCAGCCCCGUAGCGGCUACAGCCAAGGUGUACAGUCUGUUCCGGGAGCAAGAAGCGCCCGUCCGGGGUUCGCCGCCCGCGGAGCUGGUCCAGCCUAGCUGGGGGAGCCCUAGGAGGUCCACCGAGGCGGAGGCCAGGAGGCCGCCCCGCGCGCAGCAGCCGCGGCGAGUCCAGCCACCUGCGCAGACUUGGAGAAGCCGACCCUCAGGCCAGCAGCAGUCCGCACCCCGGGCCCGGGCCGCGCCGGCUCUCCCGCGUCUCGGGACGGUGCAGCGGCCGCGGGCUGCGCGAGGGCGCCUUACGGGGAGGAAUGUCUGCGGGGGACAGUGCUGCCCGGGAUGGACAACGGCAAACAGCACCAACCACUGUAUCAAACCCGUGUGCCAGCCGCCCUGCCAGAACCGGGGCUCCUGCAGCCGGCCCCAGCUCUGCGUGUGCCGCUCAGGCUUCCGCGGAGCCCGCUGCGAAGAGGUCAUUCCCGAGGAGGAAUUCGACCCCCAGAACUCCAGGCCAGCACCCCGACGCUCGGCCGAGGGACCCCCCAACCUGCGCAGGAGCAGUGUGGCCAGAGAAAGCACCACGGCCAGAGCUCGGCCCCCAGCACCACAGCCGCAGCGGGCCAGGACCCUGAGUGGGCUCAGCCAGACCCACUCCUCCCAGCAGCAUGCGGGGCUGUCCCAGACCGCCCGACUUUAUCCAGCCCCUGCGGCCAGCGGCCAGCUGACCUCCAAUGCCCUGCCCAUGGGGCCAGGUCCUGAGCGGAGGGAUGGUGCCCCACAGGCAGCAUAUCUGGACCACCUGUCAUCCUCCUGGGGGCUGAAUCUCACGGAGAAAAUCAAGAAGAUCAAGAUCGUCUUCACUCCCACCAUCUGCAAGCAGACCUGUGCCCGCGGGCGCUGUGCCAACAGCUGUGAACGUGGGGACACCACCACCCUGUACAGCCAGAGCGGCCACGGGCAUGACCCCAAGUCUGGAUUCCGCAUCUAUUUUUGCCAGAUCCCCUGCCUGAAUGGGGGCCGCUGCAUCGGCAGGGACGAGUGCUGGUGCCCCGCCAACUCCACCGGGAAGUUCUGCCACCUGCCCGCCCCCAGGCUAGACCAGGAGCCUCCAGAGAGGGGCCCCCACCACAGGGCCCCGCUGGAGGGCCCCUUGAAGCAGUCCACCUUCACGCUGCCUCUCUCCAACCAGCUGGCCUCGGUGAACCCCUCCUUGGUGAAGGUGCACAUCCGCCACCCGCCUGAGGCCUCGGUGCAGAUCCACCAGGUGGCUCGGGUGCGGGGCGAGGCCGAGGAGGCCCCGGAGGAGAACAGCGUGGAGACCAGGCCCUCGCCCCGGCUCCCUGCCGGCCCCGGCCACGGCCACUGGGACAGCAACCGCAUCCCCGCCCGGUCCGGAGAACCUCCCCGGCUACCUCCCCCCGUGGUGCACAGGACUCCGGCCCUACUGGGCCGAUGCUACCUGAGCACUUUAAACGGACAGUGUGCCAACCCCCUGCCGGAGCUGACGGCCCAAGAGGACUGCUGUGGCAGCGUGGGAGCCUUCUGGGGGGUGACCUCCUGUGCCCCCUGUCCACCCAGACCAGCCUCCCCGGUGAUUGAAAAUGGCCAGUUGGAGUGUCCCCAGGGGUACAAGAGACUGAACCUCACUCACUGCGAAGAUGUCAACGAGUGCCUGACACUGGGCCUGUGCGAGGACUCGGAGUGCGUGAACACGAGGGGCAGCUACCUUUGUACCUGCAGACCCGGCCUCCUGCUGGAUCCGUCCAGGAGCCGCUGUGUGUCGGACAAGGCCGUCUCCAUGCAGCAGGGGCUGUGCUACCGGCUGCUGGGGCCCGGCACCUGCGCCCUGCCUUUGGCCCAGCGGAUCACCAAGCAGAUAUGCUGCUGCAGCCGAGUGGGCAAAGCCUGGGGCAGCCUGUGUGAGAAAUGCCCCCUGCCUGGCACAGAGGCCUUCAGGGAGAUCUGCCCUGCGGGCCACGGCUACACCUACUCGAGCUCGGACAUCCGCCUGUCCAUGAGGAAAGCUGAGGAGGAGGAACUGGCCCGGCCCUCGAGGGAGCACGGCCCGAAGCGCAAUGGGACCCUGCCCAGGCCAGCAGAGAGGCAGCCACUGCGGGCAGCCACCAGCACCUGGGUGGAGGCGGAGACCGUCCCUGACAAGGGUGACUCUCAGGCCAGCCAGCCCACCAGGCUCCUCCAUCCAUGGGAUUCUCCAGGCAGUGAAAGAUCUUCUCCCGGUUCUGUGCAGGUGACAACCAGCAUUACCCAGCUAUCCACCUCGGUCCUAGGAGCUGCCCCGGGAGGACCAACGCCGUCAAUGCCUGAGCAGGGGAUCCCAGAGGCCACGGAAGAAGCACAAGUGACUGCCCCCACCGAUGCGCUGGUGACCCCGGUGCCCUCAGGCAUUGACAGAUGUGCUGCUGGGGCCACCAACAUCUGUGGCCCGGGCACCUGCGUGAACCUCCCGGAUGGAUACAGAUGCAUCUGCAGCCCUGGCUACCGGCUACACCCCAGCCAGGCCUACUGCACAGAUGACAAUGAGUGUCUGAGGGACCCCUGCAAGGGAAGGGGACGCUGUGUCAACCGCGUGGGCUCCUACUCCUGCUUCUGCUACCCUGGCUACAAGCUGGCCGCCUCGGGGGCCACGCAGGAAUGCCAAGACAUAGACGAGUGUGAGCAGCCAGGGGUGUGCAGCCGGGGUCGGUGCACCAACACGGAGGGUUCCUACCACUGUGAGUGUGACCAGGGCUACAUCAUGGUCAGGAAAGGACAUUGCCAAGAUAUCAACGAAUGCCGUCACCCUGCCACCUGCCCUGAUGGGAGAUGCGUCAACUCCCCCGGCUCCUACACUUGCCUGCCCUGCGAGGAGGGCUACAGGGGCCAGGGCGGGAGCUGUGUAGAUGUGAAUGAGUGUCUGACCCCUGGGGUCUGCGCCCACGGAACAUGCAUCAACCUGGAGGGCUCGUUUAGAUGCUCCUGUGAGCAGGGCUACGAAGUCACCCCAGAUGAGAAGGGCUGCCAAGAUGUCGACGAGUGUGCCAUCCGGGCCUCGUGCCCCACGGGCCUCUGUCUCAACACGGAGGGCUCCUUUACCUGCUCGGCCUGCGAGAGUGGGUACUGGGUGAAUGAGGAUGGCACCGCCUGCGAAGACCUAGACGAGUGCGCCUUUCCGGGAGUCUGCCCGUCCGGAGUCUGCACCAACACUGCCGGCUCCUUCUCCUGCAGGGACUGUGAGGCGGGCUACCAGCCCAGCGCCCUGGGCCACAGCUGUGAAGAUGUGGACGAGUGUGAAGACCCCCAGAGCAGCUGCCUGGGAGGCGAGUGCAAGAACACGGCUGGCUCCUACCAGUGCCUCUGUCCCCCGGGCUUCCAGCUGGCGAACGGCACGGUGUGUGAGGAUGUGGACGAGUGUGUGGGCGAGGAGUACUGCGCACCGCGCGGCGAGUGCCUCAACAGCCACGGGUCCUUCUUCUGUCUCUGUGCGGACGGCUUCGUCAGCGCAGACGGGGGCACCAGCUGCCAAGAUGUGGACGAGUGUGCAGUCACGGACCGGUGUCUCGGGGGCCAGUGUGUUAACACCGACGGCUCCUUCAACUGUGUGUGUGAGACUGGCUUCCAGCCCUCCCCGGAGAGCGGGGAGUGUGUGGACAUUGACGAGUGCGAGGACCUCGGGGAACCGAUGUGCGGGGCCUGGAGGUGUGAGAACAGCCCUGGCUCCUUCCGCUGUGUCCUGGGCUGCCAGCCUGGCUUCCACAUGGCCCCGACGGGAGACUGCAUUGACAUAGACGAGUGUGCCAACGACACAGUGUGUGGGAGCCACGGCUUCUGCGACAACACGGACGGCUCCUUCCGCUGCCUCUGUGACCAGGGCUUCGAGACCUCGCCCUCCGGCUGGGACUGCGUUGACGUGAACGAGUGUGAGCUCAUGCUGGCGGUGUGCGGGGCGGCGCUCUGCGAGAACGUGGAGGGCUCCUUCCUGUGCCUCUGCGCCAGCGACCUGGAGGAGUACGACGCUCAGGAGGGGCGCUGCCGCCCGCGGGGGGCUGGAGGUCCGAGUGUCCCUGAGGCCCGGCCAGGGGCACACCCACCAGGCCCCGUCCGCAUGGAAUGCUACUCUGGACAGAAGGACCAGACGCCCUGCUCCAGCCUUCUGGGCCGGAACACCACGCAGGCCGAGUGCUGCUGCACCCAGGGCACCGGCUGGGGGGAUGCCUGUGACCUGUGCCCAGAUGAGGACUCAGUUGAAUUCAGCGAGAUCUGCCCUAGUGGGAAAGGCUACAUCCCCGUGGAAGGAGCCUGGAUGUUUGGACAGACCACGUACACAGAUGCUGACGAAUGUGUGAUGUUUGGGCCCGGGCUCUGCCGGAAUGGCCGGUGUCUCAACACGGUGCCCGGCUACAUCUGCCUAUGUAACCCUGGCUACCACUACAAUGCCGCCCGCAGGAAGUGUGAGGAUCACGACGAGUGCCAGGACAUGGCCUGUGAGAAUGGCGAGUGUGUGAACACGGAAGGCUCCUUCCACUGCUUCUGCAGCCCACCCCUCACCCUGGACCUCAGUCAGCAGCGCUGCGUGAACAGCACCAGUGGUGUGGAGGACCUGCCUGACCACGACAUCCACAUGGACAUCUGCUGGAAGAGAGUCACCAAUUACGUGUGCAGCCACCCCCUGCACGGCCGCCGCACCACCUACACGGAGUGCUGCUGCCAGGACGGCGAGGCCUGGAGCCAGCAGUGCGCCCUGUGCCCGCCCAGGAGCUCAGAGGUCUAUGCUCAGCUCUGCAACGUGGCCCGGAUCGAAGCUGAACGGGAGGCCGGGAUCCACUUCCGGCCUGGCUAUGAGUACGGCCCCGGGCCCGAUGACCUGCACUAUAGCCUCUACGGCCCAGACGGGGUCCCCUUCUACAACUACCUGGGCCCCGAGGACGCCAUCCCCGAGCCACUCUUCCCCAGCACGGCCGGCCGCCCGGGGGACCGCAUACCACUCCCUGAACCUCCCCUGCAGCCCUCAGAACUCCAGCCCCACUACGUGGCCAGCCACCCAGGUCUGUGUUGCUGCAAAAACGGGGAAGAGGUGGGCUCUGAAGCUGUUUCACUUCCAUCUUCUCCAUCUGCUCAUCACUGUCAGCAGGAGCACCAGGCCGGCUUCGAAGGGCUCCAGGCCGAGGAGUGCGGCAUCCUGAACGGCUGUGAGAAUGGCCGCUGUGUGCGCGUGCGCGAGGGCUACACCUGUGACUGCUUCGAGGGCUUCCAGCUGGACACGGCCCACAUGGCCUGUGUGGAUGUGAAUGAGUGUGAUGACCUGAACGGGCCUGCUGCGCUCUGUGUCCAUGGUCACUGCGAGAACACGGAGGGCUCCUACCGCUGCCACUGCCUCCCGGGUUAUGUGGCUGAGGCAGGCCCCCCACACUGCACCGCCAAGGAGUAGCAGAGACGGGUCGAGUGUGGGCAGUUACCUGCAAAUGGGCCCUGGCCGCAGGCGGGGCCUUGAGGAAGUUUUCCUAGCUGGGGAGACGCCAUGAAGACACCGGCCGGAGGCCCUGCGGCCCAGCUCCCAGCCAGCCUCGCCUGCUUUUCAUCUCCCUCAGCUUCGGCUCUUGCUACGUGAACUUCUGUCACGGCCUCCACACCGCCAUGCCCUUGCUUGGCUCAAACACCACCAAGUGCUUUAAUGCUUCAACCACUGGCCACGAGGCCCAGUCUACCAUCUGUCCUGGCCUUGCCAUGGGAUGCUGAUCAAAGGACGGCCCUCAACCCAACCCCUCCAGCUGGGCAAACGUGCAAGGUCCUUCGGCCUCACACUGCACAUACCCCUUCUCCAGACACGAUCCACGUCAUCCUGACGCUUCUACAGCUGGAUCGGAGGCCGCAUCUGCCCUGUGAUGGCCCUUCAGAAUCUGUCCAGUGAAAAAGGAUGGGGCGAGGCGCGGGGGAGGAGUUUGGGGAGUGAUCGGCACCACUCAGCCUGUCUGGUAUGGGCCAGAUUUAGCCACGUCUCCACCCUGUUGCCAGUUCAGUGGCCCUGGAGAGGGGCAGAAGAUGCCCUCAUCUCAGAGAAGCAAGACUGAUACUAGCUUGCUAGUAAGAGACGCACAUGAAGGGGAGCAAGGAGCCUGAGAGAGCAGCAAUAGGACAAUAUAUAAAAAAAAAAAAAAUACGGGGAGUUGAUGAGAAAGGGGGCACCACGCUUUACACAGAUCUAAAGAAAAUAAUCAGUAGCUUCAGGUAAAUAACCAUUCAGUCUACCCAGCGAUAGCUCCUCUGCACCACAGCAAGGGCUGCCCCGAGACCUCUAUUAAAUACAUACUGCUUCUUACAGGACACAAGUCUCUCCUGGGCUCUCCUUUUGUGGACACCAGUUGGAUGUGCUAAAAAUAAAGAGGUCUAUUUUCUAGCUUCUGAAAUACAGUGUAAUCCUGUUGAGGAGAAGCCAGGUUCCCUGUGUUGUUUCCUCUCUACUCAGAGGCGUCUGCCCUCUUUCCCCUUCAUACAAUGGCUGGCUGGCAUCCCACUGAGUUCACAAGUAGAGACUCACUCCAGCCUGGGCUAGCUGGGAGUUUAGAACCACGGUGGAAUAAAGAAAUGUGCAUUUCUGGGCUA